AUUUUCAUUAAAUUACAUCAGUAGAAAUGAAGUUAAAAGAAAUUCCACGCACAGCGACGUUUGCCUGGAGCCCUGGUCAACAUUUACCUAUAAUAGCCACGGGAACUGUAGCUGGAGCUCUUGAUGCUUCGUUCUCUAAUACCACUGAAUUAGAACUUUUCAACCUAAAUCUUAAAUCUGAUUCUGGUGUUGAGUUACAAAGUGCUGGAGUUGUCAAUAGUAACGCGAGAUUCGAUCGUCUUGUAUGGGGAAUUGCAAAUGAUAAGACAUACGGAAUCGUUGCUGGUGGUUUGGAAAAUGGUGAAAUAAGUUUAUAUGAUCCGGCAAUAAUUUUGGAGGGUGGAGACUCCGAAAAAGCACUUAUUCUAAGAAAUAACGCACAUUCGGGAAAUGUUCGUGGGUUACAGUUUAACCCUUUUCAAAUUAAUUUGUUAGCAUCAGCAGCAACCAAUGCUGAGAUAUUUAUUUGGGAUUUAACGAAACCAGAUAAACCUUAUACUCCAGGCGCAAGAUCGCCGAAACUUGAAAAUAUUACCCAUUUAGCUUGGAAUAAUCAAGUACAACAUAUCUUGGCUACCUCUUCAAACACAGGAUCUACUGUAAUAUGGGAUUUAAGAAGUAAAAAGCAUGUAAUGGAUUUAUCAUUUGUGGGUUCAACUGUUACUGGAGGUUAUAGUAUGGGAAACAUGAACAUGGCUCCUGGAAUGAGCACAGGAGUUAGAAGAGGAACAACUGCAGUUGCUUGGAGUCCGGAUAAUGCUACACAAAUUAUAACCGCGUCGGAAGAUGAUAUUAAUCCUGUGAUUGUCAUGUGGGAUGUCCGUAAUGCUCAUGCUCCUGAAAAAAUUUUAACAGGUCACCAAAAAGGGAUUUUGUCACUUUCUUGGUGUCAGAGAGAUGCUGAUUUGUUGCUAUCAUGUGGAAAAGAUAAUAGAGUUUUGUGUUGGAACCCCAGAACUGCCGAAAUAAUAGGAGAGCUUCCUGCAAGUUCAAAUUGGGUUUUUGACGUUCAAUGGUGUCCUGGUAAUCCUGAUUUAUUUGCUUCCGCCUCUUUUGAUGGAAAGGUUAAUGUACACUCUCUACAAUCUGGUCAAAAUGAAAAUGAUCAAAAAGUUUCGUUGGACAGCAAUGAUCCGUUCGCUCAGAUAGCAUCAGCAUAUGAACCCUCUCUCACGCUUAAACAACCUCCAAAAUGGCUCAAAAGACCCGUUGGAGUAGCUUUGGGAUUUGGAGGCAAAUUAGUAUCUUUUGAUAAUAAAAGACAUAUUGUUAAAGUUUCAACAAUAAUAACUGAACCUGAAAUUGUUCAAAGGUCAACUGAACUUGAAUCUUUAGUCGAAUCAAAAUUAUUAGAUAGUUUCUGUGAAAGUCGGGGCAAAAGUGCUUCUAAUGACUUUGAAUCAGAAAAUUGGAAGGUACUUCACACAAUGUUCAAUGAAAAUGAAAAUGCAAGAGAACAAUUAGUUAAACAUCUGGGAUUCUCAAAAGAUGACGUCGUGACACAAAUAACUAUUGCGACAAAAAAUAUGAGUAUUAAUGGUUCUGUUAAUACUGAAAAAACUCAAGUUGAAACAGAUAAUGAGCAAAAUGUAAUAAAGCGAAAAAGUGUUGCAGAAGCAGCAGGUGUGCCAUUACCUACCAGUCCUAUUGAUGUUAAAUCGGAGAAAAAAGAUUAUGGUGUAGUGGAUAAUUCCGCUGUUAAAUCUGAAAAUGUAGAUGAACUUUUUUCUGGUUCAUCUACGUCGGGUGGUCCUUCUGAUGCUUCAGAUUUCUUUAGUUCUGAAAUUAUUCCUGAUGCUUUUCCUAUUCAUAGUGCCACUUCAACUUAUAAUGAGCCAACAUCUUCAUCUAUUAAUAAAGGAAUCUUUAAGAUUUAUCCUGCUCAAGAGUCAGAUGUGGAUAAACUUAUUACAAGGUCUAUCGUACUUGGUGAUUUUGAAUCUGCUGUGAACUUAUGUUUAGAGACGGAUAGAUUAUCAGACGCUGUCCUUUUAGCUGGUUGUGGCGGUCCUGAGCUUUUACAGAAAACUAGAAAAAUAUAUUUUGAAAAAAAGGCUUCCAAUGUUCCUUACUUGCGUUUACUUCAAAGCAUUGUAUCUGAAGAUUUAUCAGACAUUGUAUAUAAUGCAGAUUUAUCUGAAUGGCAAGAAGUAGUAGUUGUUCUUUGUACUUUUGCUCGUUCUGAAGACUUUAGUGGAUUAUGUAAUGCCUUAGGCCAAAGACUUGAGCAAGAAUAUCGCAAAUUGUACGGAUCUUCCAAUGACAGAUCAAAAGGAAUGGAAUACAUGAAAAAUGCAGUCUUCUGCUACCUUGCAGCAGGAAAUCUCGAAAAUGUCGUUAAUAUUUGGAUUACUGAGCAAGAAGAAGAAGAACGUGCUGAGCUAGAACGCGCUGAGCUAGAACAUGCUGAUCAAGGUGAUGCGAAAUCCUCUAGUUUUAGAUAUUCAUUGCAUGCCAAAUUUCUUCAGAGCCUUAUUGAAAAGGUUACUGUAUUUCGUAAGGCUAUCGAUUAUGUUGAUCCCGCUUUGGUUCAGAAUUUAGAUACUAAUACUACAGAAUCAAAUAAUCAACUAUUUAAGUUAUCAAAAUUAUAUGAUAAGUAUGCUGAAUAUGCUGAGAUUUUAGCAUACCAAGGUCGAUUAACCACAGCAAUUAAGUAUUUGAAUUUAACUCCAUUAGAGUACAAGAAAACAGAUGCUAACAAUAUCGAUCAGUUAGCUGUGAUCAAAGAAAGAUUAUACCAUUCAGGUGUUGAUAUUGGCAGUAUUAAAGCACCCGCAUUCCCAUUUGAACAUGUUUACGUUGGAGCUGAAGGUGAAAUAAAUCCUUCUCUUGCUCCUAUAAUGGGCAAUAUAGAUGGAACUACUUAUCAGCCACAAAUAAAUCCAAAUCUUUAUAACAAUCAACAAGUUGCUCAACCACCAUAUUACAAUCAAUACGCUUAUAAUCAACCUGUUGCGGCUAAUGCUCCAUUCCAACCCAUGUCUCCAAUUCAGCAGCAAAUUCAGCAGCAAUCAAUUCAACCUAUACUUCAACAACCUCAUUAUAAUAACUUCCCUCUAUAUAAUGCCCCAAUCCAGAACCAACCUUAUAAUCCGGGAUAUCAGCCUGCCUUUCCUGCUUAUAACCAGCCACAGUAUCAGGAUAAUGCAAAUUUUAUUCCACCUCCACAAAUUGCCAAUACAAAUAUUCAAAAUGUAAACCCUCCACAGCAACAAGCAGAAGUUCCAGCUGCAUAUAAGAAAAAUAUACCUAAUUGGAAUGAUCCACCAGUUGUAUCCUCGGCAAAAAAAGUUGCUCAAGCACAAGUAAACAAGCUACAGCCAAUCACAUCUCCUUUCCCUUCAACUUCUCCUGCAUUACAGGGAACAGUACCACCGCCCGGAGUUCAAGGAAUAUUUCCUCCGAAUCAAAAUAUACAGGGAAUAGUACCACCGCCCGGAGGGAUAUUUCCUCCGAAUCAAAAUAUACAGGGAACUAUCGCUAAUUUGCCGCCGCCAGCAAAUCGUGCAAUAGCUGCAGCUACUGGAUAUCAACCUAAUUCCCCAAUGUCCCCUCAAUCAGCAGGUAAUUAUUAUCCACCACCGCCACCACCACCAAAAAUGGGAGCGCCAUCACAGUUACAUGCGCAACAAAUACAGAAUCCUCAAAGUCCUCAAUCACAUUAUGGACCUGGUCGUUCGGCUCCCACUCCUCCACCUCAAGCUAACGCAGGUUACCAAGCUGCUGCAUAUGGAGGUCAAAAUACUACACAUACUGGGUCCAAUUUAGUUUAUGGUGCCCCAACGCCCCAACCACCCAUUCAACAACAAGUUCCAACACAAAAUCAACAACCAGUUGCACAACCUGCCAGAACACCUACUCCAGUUAAAACACCUACUCCAGUUAAAACACCUACACCUGUAAAUAAACAUCCUGUUGGCGAUAGAAAUCAUAUCCCGACUUCACAAAAACCAAUCUACGAUGUGCUCUCCAAGGAAUUACAAAGAGCUAAACAUUAUCAUACUUCCGGUCCAUGGGGAAAACAAUUGCUUGACACAGAAAAACGGCUUAAUACGCUUUUUGACGCAUUGAAUAAUGAAGAAAUCUCCGAACCGAUCAUUGAUUCCUUACUUAAAUUAGUUCAAGCUAUGGAAAUACGUGAUUAUACCACUGCUAAUAAUCUUCAAGUUAACCUAUUGACAUCGUACUCGAAUGAGACAAAAUGGUUAAUUGGUAUUAAGCAAUUAAUUAAUAUUAUGAAAAAUACGCCAUAACUUAACAUAACAGUUUGGUAGGGCAUCUUUAUUCAGUUUGAUUAUAUUAUUAUUAAUGAAUAAUUUUAAAUCUUUCGAAUUUUAGGAGUCGUAUAAUAUUUAAUCU